CACCAUAAGUUCAUCGCACGAAGCAGAAAUGCAGAAAAUGGAAACCCGAGGAGGGCGACGUAGACCGACCCUGUCAGAUAUAAAAGAAAAUGAAUCCGAAGAUGUCACCUACGACGACCUUUUGUCAUCAGCUGGCGAGUUCGGCCUCUAUCAGAAGAUCCUGUUCAUAUCGACUUUUCCCUUCUACGCUUUCGGAGUAGUGUCGUAUUUCCAACAGUUGUUUAUAACUGAAGUUUCGCCGAACCAUUGGUGCAAUGUCCCCGAGCUGGCGAACCUGACUGCGUUGCAGCGGCGAGCGCUGGCCAUCCCCGCUGACACGGACGCCAGGUUUGGCUACUCGCAGUGCUCGGCGUACGUCGCCAACUGGAGCGCCGAGCUGGUCGCCGGCCGCACCGCGCCUGACCCCUCCUGGCGCACCGAGCCCUGCCGCCACGGCUGGGAGUUCAACUCCACCGAGAUCCCCUACCCGACCAUCACCAGCGAGCUCGGGUGGGUGUGCGACAAGGACAGCUACCAAGCCUCUGCGCAGUCCAUCUUCUUCGUCGGCUCCAUCGUCGGAGGCUUCCUGAUUGGCUGGAUCGCGGACCGCUACGGCCGGCUCCCCGCCGCCGCUGUCUGCAACGUGAUCGGAGGCGUGUCUGGCGUCAUCACUAUCUUCGCAAAAAACUUUGUCCAGUUCGCAGUUUGCAGAUUCUUCAUGGGAAUGUCCUGGGACAACUCCAUGCUGAUGGUGUACCUCUUGGUGCUGGAGUACGUCGCACCAAAAUAUAGGACGAUCAUAGCGAAUCUACCGUUUGCUAUUUUCUAUACUAUUGCGGUUUGUGUUUAUCCGUGGAUAGCUCUCGCCUGCAACGAUUGGAAAUUAUUUUCUCUAGCCACGUGUAUACCGAUGAUAUUCGCAGUGUUCGCACCUUUAUUGAUGCCGGAGAGUCCCCGGUGGUUAAUGUCAGUCGGACGAGUGGAUGACGCAAUCAUAAAAAUCCAGAGAAUUGGUCAAGUUAACAAGAAGGAAGUGCCGUCGAAGCUGAUAGAACAAUUUAAAGCAAGCCUCUCUAAACAGAAAGUGGAUGCCAAGUACGGGGCAGUUGAUCUUAUAAAGCGACGACUUCUGAGGAACAUGUUCAUCUGUGUUUGUAUGGGUUAUAUGUGUUGCACGAUUACGUUUGACUCUUUGAUAAGAAGCAUAGGGCAGCUGGAGUUUGAUUUCUUUGUAUCAUUUUCUGUUAUUUCUUUUACUGAGUUUCCUUCAUUGGUACUGGUCUCAUUUAUCUUAGACCUGACGGGUCGGAAGUGGUUGGCAGUGUCGACGUUCGCUAUCGCUUGUGUGUUCAGUGUGCUGACAGCGUUUCUGGGCGGGGGGUUGUCGUCGGUGCUGUGCGCGGUGGUGGCCAGGUUCGCCAUCAACAUCACCUGCAACACGGUCAUGCAGUGGGCCACCGAGAUGCUGCCAACGGCGGUGAGGGGCACUGGCAUGUCCAUAGUACACAUCUGCGGUUACAUCGCUACGGUUAUCUCGCCUUUCAUAGUUUACUUAGAGAUUUACUACACGUGGUUGCCCCUCGUGAUCGUGGGUGCGGUGGCCGGGUCGGGGAUUCUGAUAGUUAUAGGCCUUCCAGAAACGGCUGCCAAGCAACUUCCUCACACCUUUGAAGACGCGGAGACUUUGAUCAGAACGUCUAAGUUUAUUGAAAUUCCAUGUUUGAUGAAGAAAAAGAACGAUGCAGAGGGUCAUGAAAACAGUUCUUUUGAAUUGUAGCGUGCCAGAAUUUUACAGUUUCGAUACAAAGACGUUUGACAAAAUAGCUUUUCAAAUGUAUAUAAGUAAGUAACCUGGGGAUCGAUUUUUCGGACGCACAAAAGGACGACUAGUAAUUUUAAAACUAGUCUUUGCCCAGCAGUGGGACACUAUAAAAGGCUAAUUAAGAAAGUGGUAUUUACCACUAGUUUUUGAUUCUGUUAGUAGAAUUUUAUUCGCUAGUAGUGGAGAUAUUAUUGAACGAAUUUCACGAAAUCGAAUGGCCGAGAUUUAAAAAUCGGCCCCCUGAUCGAUAUAACGAAGUCAUCUAAUGGAGAGAGGAGAAUUCGGUGUGGAAUGCAUGUCACCUGGGUGUGUCUACCGAUCGAUACGACCUUCAAAUCGAACCAUUUGGGUGGCAGCCCACUUUCACCCCUGGCGGUCUUUCCGCUCGUUUAUCCAUAAAAAUAUGUGAGUGUGUUUAUACCAUAAAAAUAUGUGAGUGUGUUUAGUAAAAUGUCCCGCUUUGUCGGUUACCAUCAAGGAGAGAUUUACUUGUAUCAGG